UAGACAAGCAAAUUAUUACCAAGAUACCCUGGAUCUCUAAAGCAGUGGGAGUUGAUUACAUCACUCAGAUGCGUAAUUUAUUCGAGUACCAUGAGCAACAUGUCCGCUGGAUCUUCCAAUACUUACCAAAGAAUGACACUAACGAUAACAUCCCAGAAGAGGCCAUCCCAAUGUCCCUCCACAGGAAACCACACAGGGCAGCUCCUUGCAGACUGUGAAAUAGACAACGACAUCAAGGUGAAGAGCCAUGUCCAUUUAAUUUGGGAUGGAGAGGAAUAUUACAGGAUAGAUGAAGAAGCUGGGCACUGGGAGAACUUAAAGCCUGAAUUCAAGAAAUAUGAGUUCAUUCUAGUCAGCCCCUUCUGGACUGAUCUAAGGAAACGCUACAUGAAUCAAUAUUGUGUUGACCUGCUGAGGAAAAUCGUUGGCUACUCAAGCUUAAGGGAUAAUGUGCCCCCUGAGGUGACCGUAUCUCUCCAUGUCAACCGAGAAGGCAGCACCGUUCUCUCCUGCACAGCCACAGGCUUCUACCCUCGCUCCAUCCUACUGCGUUGGGAAAAAGAUGGGAAGCUUGGUGUAUGGGGAAAGGAGACUUCCAGCGGUACCCUGCCCAAUGCAGAUUCCACCUUCUACCUCCAAAUUACCUUAGAGCUCCCACCAGAGGACUCAGUGAUGGGUUAUACUUGUGUGGUAGAACACAUUGAGCUGAAGACCCCUGCUGUGUAUCCAGUGCCUGAAAAGCCCACAAGGGAGAAGCCUUGGGUCCUGGCACUGGGUGUUAUGUUGGCUGUCAUUCUACUGCUGAGCUGUGCUGGGGCCUUCAUAGCAUGGAAGAAGAAGAAGUCAGGUAUGCAUGUAAUGAAAGAGAG